AUGAGCACUGUUGUUGCCUUUCCUUUCCUUGAGUUACUUGCCAUAGUAACCAUCCACCUUAGCUUUUGCUAUGGAAGCUCUUACCAUCUGGGUUGUAUCGAGAGUGAGAGAGAAGCACUUUUAAGGUUCAAGAAAGAUCUCAUUGAUCCUUCAAAUCGGCUUGCCUCAUGGAGUACUGUCAAUGCAGAUUGUUGUACAUGGUCUGGUGUUGUAUGUGACAACAGGACAGGCCAUGUCCUGGAGCUCAACCUCAGAAAUGAUGUUUGGUUUGAAGCCAUACCUUCCAAAAUUCUUGUUGCCGAACGUGAAGCUCCGGGAAAGUCAAUUUUGAGAGGUAAGAUUAAUCCCUCUUUACUUAAUUUAAAAUACUUGAUGUAUUUGGACUUAAGCAGCAAUGAUUUCGAAGGAGUUCAGAUUCCUGAAUUUUUUGGUGAAAUGAGAAAUUUAAGAUACCUUAAUCUUUCCACUGGAGGAUUCACAGGAAGGAUUCCCCAUCAACUCGGGAAUCUCUCUAAUCUUGAAUAUCUUGAUCUCAGUUGGGCUAACACUUUGAUCAUUGAAGAUGAUGACGAGGAAGAUAAAUAUGGGUUAGUGCAUGUUGAGAAUUUGCAAUGGUUGUCAGGUCUUUCUUUGUUGAAAUACCUUGACUUGACUUACGUGGAUCUCAGCAAAGCCUCUGAUUGGUUGCAAGGUCCAAUUCCCGAUUCCCUUCAAAAUUUGACUUCCCUUAGACAUCUUUAUAUCAGUUAUAACUCUUUCAAUACUUCACUACCUGACUGGUUGUACAAACUUAGCCGUCUAGAAAAAUUUUAUCUUCCCUUCAAUAGCUUGCAAGGUAGUUUAGGUCCUUUAGGAAACUUGACUUCUAUCAAAGAACUGCAUCUCAGUAACAAUAGAUUUGAAGGUGGAAUCCCAGUAUCAUUUAAAAGACUUUGCAACUUAAGGAGCUUCUAUAUCUCACAGGUUGACUUGAAUCAAGAAAUAUCUGCAGUCCUGAAUGUUUUCUCUAGUUGUGUUUCGGAUGUGCUUGAGCAUUUGGAAAUGAACAGGUGCAAACUUUUUGGUCAAUUAACCAAUCAAAUUGGACUGUUUAAAAACUUGAACAAUCUUUUGGUAAGCUAUAACUCAAUUUCUGGUCCUGUUCCAUCAGCUUUAGGAAGACUUGGGUGUUUGCAAAGUCUUGAUCUUUCCUACAACAAGUUCACCGGAACAGUGUCUGAUAUCUAUUUUGCCAAUCUCACAAGACUGUUGCGAUUUGGUGCAUCUGGAAACUCUCCAACCUUGAAAUUCAGUCCUCAUUGGGUUCCUCCUUUUAAACUUCAAAAUUUAACUUUGAGUUCUUGUGAUUUAGGACCUCAAUUUCCAUCAUGGAUUCGUUCAUUAAAGCAUCUAUCUUAUCUAGAUAUAUCUAACUCAAGUAUUUUUGAUAGUUUUCCAACAUAUUUGUUUAAAUAUCCUUUCAAUAUUGUCUAUUUGGAUCUCUCAUACAAUAGUAUCUACGGUCAGAUUCAAAAUUUUAUAGAAUUAGAUAAACUUGAGUUUCUAGACUUGAGUUUUAAUAAUUUAUCAGGUCCUUUGCCUCUUAUCCCUUUAACUUUGUAUAUGCUCGAUCUAUCCAACAAUUCUUUCUCAGGAUCAAUUUUUCAUUUCUUCUGUCAUGAGAUGAAUGCAUCAAAGUUUUUGAUGCAAAUUCUCAUCCUUAAGAAAAACAUCUUACAUGGAAAUUUACCAGAUUGUUGGAAGAACUUCCCAUACUUAACAGUUUUGAAUUUAAAUGAAAAUAAUUUGAUCGGAAGCAUUCCAAUCUCUUUUGGUUCUUUAAAUUCCCUUCAAUAUCUACAUCUUCGCAAAAACAACUUCUUUGGAACUAUACCAAUAUCACUCAGAAAUUCUACGAAGAUAUUGACACUUGAUCUUGGUGAAAAUGCUUUUGUUGGGAAUGUUCCAGCAUGGCUGGGAGUAAGUUUUCCUCAAAUGGUAAUUCUCAAUCUUCGAUCAAACAAGUUUCAUGGACUUUUACCAAGAGAACUUUGCCAUCUUGCUUUUCUACAAAUCUUAGACAUUGCUGAUAACAAUUUUCACGGAACUAUGCCAAGAUGUAUCAAUAACUUCAGUGCCAUCACAAACCUUUGGGAAGAAAGCUCAGAUCUACGAUAUGGUGAAACACUUGAAUUCUUUCAAGGUUAUAUUGAAGAUGCGUUACUUGUGAAUAAAGGUCAAAUGGUUCAAUAUAACACAAUCCUCCAAUGGGUGAGAAUAAUGGAUCUCUCGAAAAAUAAUUUCUCUGGAGAGAUUCCUAUGGAAGUGACAGAUCUUGUUGCACUGCAAGCAUUGAAUCUAUCACACAAUCAUUUUAUAGGUACAAUUCCUAAAAAUAUUGGUGUUAUGAAGUCAUUGGAGUGCAUUGAUUUGUCUGGUAAUCAACUUUCCGGUGAAAUUCCACAAAGCAUUUCAAAUCUAACGUUUUUGAGUUAUUUGAACUUUUCCAAUAACAAAUUAAUUGGAAAGAUUCCUUUAAGCACUCAGAUACAAGGGUUUGACGCUUCUUGUUUCGCUGGUAAUGAUCUUUGUGGACCUCCUCUUCCCAAGAAUUGUGGUGCGAUUGUCACAACAUCAAAUUACAAAAAGGAAAAUGGUGGCAAUGAACAUGAAGUUGACUGGUUCUAUGUGAGCUUGGCACUUGGAUUUAUGGCAAGAGUAAUUAGUGUGAGCCAUAGAAAGCUAUUCGGCGAGCAAGGAGUGAAAGAAUGUGCCACAAAAGAGAGAACUAAGUUUUAG